AUGACUCUGCACAGAAAUGAAGACAAUGCCACCGGAUGGUUGAUACUUUCAGCAAUUAUCAUCAUCACAUCAUUACCUCCCCUUGUGGGAGGCACCACAACACUGACCGUGUCCUUCUCUUUCAUUACCUUGCGUUAUUUUUUCCGCGAAAAGGUCCGCCGAUUCACGCAGAAGCAAGAAAAAUGGCGUGCAUUGGAGGCUGUCAUUGCUGCGAAAGGGUUGCCUCUUAUCAUUCUGAUCCGUCUGGCGCCGUUGCCUUGGACAUACUCUAAUGCCCUGUUGCACUUCUGGCAAUUCAUGGAUUUUCACUCCCAAGUUGUAUUUAUUAUCGUUUUUAUUGGAUCAAGGAUUGCCAAGUUCUCUGAUGGCCAGCAGCGAGGUGAAAUGGAUACAGCAAGCAAAUGGCUUAAUGCACUAUCAAUUGCGCUGGGUGGUUCAAUAGGGAUUGGCGCAACCUGUGUGUUUAUUGGAUCAAGGGUUGCCAAGUUCUCUGAUGGCCAGCAGCGAGGUGAAAUGGAUACAGCAAGCAAAUGGCUUAAUGCACUAUCAAUUGCGCUGGGUGCUUCAAUAGGGAUUGGCGCAACCUGGCUAGUGUGGCGUCUCACUGAUGCCGAGAUCAGGAAUAUGAAAGAGCUGCCCCAGGAUAUUGAUGAUAUGGCUGCUGAUGCCUUACAUGACGUGGAGGCUGGUGCGCCGUUGCUGGGAGACUAUUCAGAAGACGACUUGAAUGGAGACGGUGCGUUAAGGCUCAAUGAUAGCUCAGACAGCCUUUCAGCAAGGUAG